AUGCUUCGCAACCACGAUGAUCUUGGCUUCUACGUCAUGAACUCCACGUCGAUCCUGAACAUGGACGGUCUCGUGAAUUACCUGUUGCAGCUCAACGAGUCGCCCAAGGAAGCACUGAUGAGAUGCCGGAGAAAGGACUCCGAAUCGAAACAAUUGGCCGGCAUCGUGAUCGACAACAUCUCGUACCUCUCACACGACGCCAAUUCGUACAAUUUGCUGGUAAGGACUCUCAAGAUGUUGCGAAAGACGUUCGGGUGCUGGAUACUCACCGUGAGCUACGGCCUCGAGUACUACAACGGCGUGGAAAACGCGCUGGCUUCGCCGCACAGAGCGGGCUCGCUGACAAGAGUCCCGCCAGCUUUCACCAACGAGAUGGACGCCAUCAUCAUCAGAGAUACAGACUCGACGGCCAGGUUGUGCUCUUGA